AUGCUGACGGCAAACUUAUUGCCUUCAACUGUGCAGGAACGCUAAUAACUGAACGAUUCGUUUUAACAGCUGCACACUGUACAGGAGACUCAAUGAUAGGAGUAAGAUUGGGAGAAUAUGAUUUGCAGAGGAAAGAAGAUUGCGAUCUUGCCACAGGUUAUUGCGCUCCUCCAACUCAAGAUUUCCUGAUUGAAUCGGUUUUCAUUCAUCCACAGUAUAAAGCGAAUAGACUGCUCAACGAUAUUGCUUUGAUAAAAUUAUAUGGAACCGCAGAUUUAAGUUAUGAAAAUGUGAAACCAAUCUGUUUACCUACACAAGAUGAUGAGAUGAAUGGACACGUCGCUGUUGUAUCAGGAUGGGGUGUAACUGAAAAUCAAACCCGAAGCCCAAUUCUGCGACAGGUACCUGUAGAAGUGAUUGAGUUUUCCGAGUGCCAAAAGAUAUAUCGACCGAAAGUGCCUCUCACCAGAAAUCAGGUUUGUGCGGGAAUAUCCGGCGAAAAAAACUCAUGUGCUGGAGACAGCGGUGGCCCACUCAAAUACGUGGGACCAGUACAUGGAUCUCCACGAUUCAUUCAGUAUGGAAUUGUGUCAUAUGGACCAAGAAAAUGUGGAACAGAUGGGGAACCCGAUAUCUAUACAAAAAUUUUCAGUUACAUGAAUUGGAUUUUGGAUCAUCUAGAUAAAUAGUAGGCUUGAAAUUAGAGCUAUCUUCUGCACAUCACCAGAAGAUGGGAAAUGAGACUCUGCCGAAACGUCGUUAAAAUGAUCCUUGUAAUGAUCAAAAACACAGAACACGGAAUGAAACCACGAAAAACUACUUAUCAUCCCCUGUUCGUGAUAAUCUUCGAUUGAACAUUAGAAGGGCCCCCUUCUCUGGAUAACUAAUUUUGGAAUAUCAUGUACAGAAAUGGCUUUUAAUGUGAUACUUGCAUUAUGCAAGCUAAGGAUUAACGAAUACUUACCUUUAAAAAUUAACACCCAAUUGAUGAAUUAUCUGUUCAUGAAGCCCUAUUAUCUUAUAAGUUGUUUUAUUAUGUUAUAGGUUAUUUAUUGAUGAAAAAUAUACAAAUUAACAGUUUUUACCUUACUUUUUUGCGUUGAGAAAUACAUAAAUAUACUCUUUUUUCUCCUGAAUAGUCGAAUAGCUUUUAUUGAAAUCGUUGAUUUUUUUAUACACUAUAAGAAAUAUGACGUUAUUUUCGAAACUGCCAAAUCCCAGAGAUUUGGACUAUUUUACAUUAUCUGCAAUCCAUUCUAAGUAUCUGUCUACCCUGGUGUAAAUGGGUGGCAGUUCUUUGAUCCCGCACGUCAAAGUGGACGCAAAAGAUACGAUCCCGAUUUGGAAAUUCCUCAGUUCUCCGUCAACGUCAACAGUCGAAUUAAUCAAAGGACCUCCACUAUCACCUUUACAAGCGUCUUCUUUCUUUCCAUUGGCACAUAAUUGGCUCCCAGUGAUUGGUUGCACCUAGAAAUAUUGAACAAUCUAUAUAUACAAUAUUAUUUUGGUAACACGAAACAAGUGUUGGCUACAUACUUCUCCAUCAUUAUACGCAAAUUAUGGGAAUAAGACGAGUGGUCUUAUUUCGAAACUUCAAAGUCCGUCAUCUAGGAUGAUAGUAUUCUAUGUAAGUGAAAUGUUAUAUCAUGAUAUUGUGUAGUGUUCCUUGAAAUGAUAUCGGAUUGAAUUCCAUUACGAAUGUUUGGAGUACAAACUGAAUAGGAAAAGUUAUUUUCUUAUGACUAAAAGUUUAUGAGAUUAAUUGUAUUGAGGGACCUUUUUUCUUCC